AUGAUUAAAAAAAGUUCCUUAAGAAAAUUGGCUCAACGAAAGUGCCUGAUAGCUUCUUGCUUGAAAGAAUUCGAGGAUAUCAGGCCCGACGAUAUCUACAUCAGUCCCUUCACUGCAGUGAAAAGUCUCUACGGCAUCACCACUGAAUACAUAGGGAUGGAACCGGACGUUUCUGUCGUUACUUGUAGAGACACAUACAGCCGCUCCUCAAGUAACGUGCCCUUCCGGAACCGUCGUUCUUCUCGAUCUCGGUACAUUUCCCGAGGUCCACGUGAAAGCGAUACAAUCUUUCUACCCCUUUCAGAACUUGACGGAAAUCGUACUCCAUCAGAAGAUAUUGCAAUUCUUGACGAUAAGAAACCAUAUGCCACGAAGACACAUGAGGUUUUGCAAUCUGCAUCACCAUCAUCGCCAUCUGUCGUGCAGGCGCCUGCGAAUGACGUGUCGGUUUGUGUACCAAAUGUAACAUCUUUUCAACGAAAUGGUGAUUCUGUGAACUUCGCAAAAACAAUUGAUGCGAAGGAUUAUUCGCAUUACGUUGAUGUGCACAGAUUGCUCGAUUCCGUCACCCCAUCAUGCUUCUUGACGGGAACCCGGGGUCACGAACCACAACCCUCGUCUCACUGCGUCGUUCCCACUACCCAAGCUGGAGUCAAAGAAGCUCAUUUAUUGCCUCCAUUUCGGAACUCACAUGCUCACAGUCAUACCGGUCCAACAAUGCCUUGUUCCGAAAAAACUGAGCUUGCACCUCCGAAGCAUCCAUUUUUGCACUUCUGGGAAUAUGACGAUGACUGUGUAUUCGCCCGAGAUUGGCGGCCUAGACGUGAAAUGUACCUAAUGUUUCAUUCCUUGAAACAUCCCUCGGAUGCUCUUGUUCCAAAUGUCUCCAGAUCGAUUCAUUUUCCUGAAACAAGUGAACACAGAACUCAGCCCAAAAUAUCCCCCAAAGGUGUGUCCGUUCGCAAGCAACAAAUUCCCCUACUCAGAUCACCUUGUAACGGUUUUGUUUCAAGCGAGUCCACCGUCCCGUCUGACAUUCAACCCUGCUUAUUGGGCUGUCGGUUACCAACCGAUUGCGAUGCAUUCCGUGAUCCCACUGGCUUUCUUAGGGAUGAAUGCGAAUUAAUGGUUUUGUGGCCAUGA